AUGCGCGACUACAACCCUCGCAAGCUCGCUCGCGGCGGCAUGGGCCCGCCACCGCCGCCGCCACCGCCUGGCCGACCGACGGCCGGGGCCGGCGCGGCCUCGCUGGGCCAGAACGUCGGCCCCGAGUGCUCCGCAGCAGCCUCGCUGAGCCAGAACGUCGGCUCGCGAGGUGGGGUGCUAGUCUGGGACCCAUCCGUGGCAGUUCCCUUGCUCCAAGCGCUUGCGCUUCGGCGGUAG